AUGGGUAAGCCAAACUCUAAAGUAAGUGGUAGUGUACCAUCAUUUGAUCAUAUAAAAUCGGUAACAACAUCAAAAAAUGGUCGUAAAAAAAAUAUUCCAAGAAAUUCAACUAAUAAAGUAUCUCGAAUAGAGAAAACAGUUUCAUUACCAAAUGAAAAACUUCCAUAUUUUGUUGAAAAUGCCAUAUUAAUAUGGCUUGAUUCUUCAUUAGAUAAACAAACAGAAUCAAAUAAAAAUUUAACAAAACAAUUUUAUCGUGUUAGCGAUAUAGUUCAAACAUUUUUUAAUAUUGAUGAUUGUUUUAAUUUUAUAAAUUCAAUUAAAUAUGAAAAAAUUUUUUUAAUUGUAUCCGGUGCACUUGGUCAACAAAUAUCAUCACUUAUAGAAAAUUUAAAUCAAGUUCAUUCAAUUUAUAUUUUUUGUGGUAAUAAAUCUACUCAUGAAGAAUGGACAAAACGAUAUACAAAAAUUAAUAGUAUACAUACAAAAAUAAAAGAACUUUGUGAAACAGUUAAAAAAGAUAUUCGUCAAUAUGAUAAUAGUUUAACACCAGUAAGUAUUCUUCAAACAUUAUCAAUAAAUGAUUUAGAUGAUUCAAAUAAAGAAUUUAUUUAUUUACAAAUGAUGAAAAGUGUUCUUGUUGAUAUACAAUAUGAUAAAAAAUUUCGAAAAGAACUUAUUAGUUAUUCUCGACAAUUUUAUUUACUUAAUGAACAACAAUUAAAUAUUAUUGAUACAUUUGAUGCAAGUUAUCAUCUUCAUUCACCUAUAUGGUGGUAUACAAGAAGAUGUUUUAUAUAUUCAAUGUUAAGAAAAGCUUUUUAUUGUCAAGAUUUUGAACUUAUUUAUAAAUUAGCAUUUUUCGUACGAGAUCUUCAUAGAGAAAUCAAAAAAUGUCAUUUACAAUCACAUAGUUAUCAACAUCGUCCAAUAAUUGUUUAUCGAGCAACAUCUAUGACAAAUAGUGAAUUCGAAAAUGUAGAAAAAAGUCUAGGUAGUCUAUUAUCAUUUAAGGAUUUUCUAAUAGCUACACUUGAACGAAAUAUAGCAUUAAGAUUUGUUAAUAUACUUCGUAAUGAUUCAAAUGUAAUUGGUAUAAUAUAUAGAAUUACAAUUGAUCCAUUACUAUCAUCAAUUCCAUAUAUUGCUUUAAAUCAUUUAAGUUAUUUAUCUAAUACUGAUGGUAAUAUUUUAUUAUCAAUGAAUACAAUAUUUCGUAUUGAUCAAAUUGAACAAAUUCAUGAACGUUUCUAUGAAAUAAAUUUAAUUCCAGCUACAAAGAAAGAUGAAGAAAUUAAAAAUGUUGUUGAAUUUAUGCAAGAAACAUUAGAAGGUCUAUCUGGAUGGUAUAAAUUAUGUAAAAUAAUGUUAGAUAUGAAACAAUAUAAUCAAGUAGAAAAUAUUCUUAAAUAUUUAUAUAAUCAAAUAGAAGAUAAUCAACGUGAAGAACGUGCUUUUAUUCAACAUGAACUUGGUUAUGUAUGUGAAUUAAAAGAUAAUUUAAUUAUGUCUAUAAAUCAUUAUAAACAAGCUAUAGAUAUUUAUUUAACUUAUUUACCAUCAAAUCAUUCAACACUUUUAUCAACAUAUACUAAUCUUGCCUCUGUUCUUCAUAAACAAGGAGAUUUAAAUGGAGCAUUACAACAAUAUCGAAAUGCACUUAAAAUUGAUCAAACUGGUGAUCAAAAUAUAGCUAUACAACAUAAUAAUAUUGGUAAAAUUCUUCAACAACAAAAAAAAUAUUCUGAAGCACAAAAAUCUUAUGAAUUAGCAGUUGACACUUUAUAUAAAAAUUUUCAAUUUUCUCAUCCUAUAUUAGCAGAUACAUAUUAUAAUAUGGCUAGUAUGUUUUAUUCGAUGAAAGAUUAUUCAAAUGCUUUAAUUUAUAAUCAAAAAACACUUGAUAUUGAAGAAAAAUCAAUUCAAUUAAAUCAAUCAACAUUAGCAUCAACUUAUUUUAAUAUAGCAACAACAUAUGAAGGUCUUAAAGAUAAGAAAAAUGCUAUUCAAUAUGCUACAAAAGCAGUUGAAUCUGCUCGUCUUGCUUUUGGAAAUGAUCAUUUAGAAACAAAAGAAAAUCUUGAUUAUCUUGAACAACUUCAACAAAAAACUGAAUCUGUAAUAUUAUAA